AAGCGGCGAGCCCCUAAACUCGCUCGGCAUACCCAGAACAACAGGGAGUCAGAGACCUCGAAUCGAUCACGUUCACAAAGUUUUGCGGAAAAUGGGGAAACCAUUGGGAACGACGGGGGAGUUCUUCAGGAGAAGGGAUGAAUGGAGGAAGCAUCCGAUGCUCACCAAUCAGUUCCGUCAUGCAGUUCCUGGCCUUGGGAUUGGCCUAGUCGCCUUCGGCAUCUACCUUGUUGGGGAACAAGUUUACAACAAGCUUUAUGCUCCUUCCUCUAGCCACCACGCCUCUUCGUCCUCUCACUCUCACUGAUUGCAACAAUCUAUGUUUGAUGUGCUUCUCAGAUGGACAUUUGUUGGCAUAUCAGAGAUUGGAAAGUCCUGCAUGAUAUUUUUCCUCCCUGGUGACUCCGAUCAAUAAGUUCUCAUGUAAUUUGAGACUUAACCUCUGAUAAAUUUCUUUCUGUAUGUCUGGAUAUUGGACUUGUAUUUGAGAUGUUCAGUAGUUUUUUAGUUUGCUUCGUGGCUAUUAUGUUAACUUGUUAACCCUAUCAUGCUGCAUAAUGUUUUGAUUUGUGGUCUGAUAAAAUUUCAU